AUGACUGGCUCUAUAUCACGACUAAGUCGUCAACAUAGCGAAACGGCAACGAAUUCAAAUAUGGAAAAAGUCCAGAAACAUGAAAAACCUCGUCGAAGUUCGUCAGCGGAAGAUCAACGAGGCCCAUUGGAAGUUAUACUGGACUUUCAUGAGCAAAAGGAAGUUUUCUUCGCUGAACGUGAACGUCGAACAACUGAUUACGAUUCUGGCACCGAAGAAAUUGAACAACAGUUGGAACAAAAGUGCUUCUCAGCAAUAAACACUGAUGAAGAUGAACCAUCCGGAUGCGUAGCCACCUGCAAUGCGGACGAAGGAUAUUCAGAAAAUGAAAGCGACGAAAAAUCAAAACUUCUGGACAUAAAAAAUGAUCUUAAUCUGGUUAAAACAAUUCCUGACGAAAUCAAAAAAGAUUUCUGUCAAGAUACAACUGAAGCAUUUCAUGCCGAGUUCGCUCGUCGUAUUUCAAUCCCAUUGUCUCUCGACAAAAAAGUUCGAUAUUAUCUCUUCGCCAAAAGUGAACUUCCUGGCGAUUUCUUCUCGAAUCGUCAAGGUCGAACUUACGGCAAACUUGACAAUGCAAAGGCACAAUUCAAAUGUACAGAACGUCGAUGUCAACACGCUUGGACAUCAAUGCGUGCAAGAAUCUUAUUUACAAUCUACGCGUCGAAUCCCGGUUUUGUUGUCUUGGAAAUCUUAGGACAAGAUUGCGAACAAUGUGGAACAUACGUCGAAGCUGUUUGGUAUGUCGACGAGGUCUGCCGAGUGAUGAAAAACUUAGCCCAAUGUAUUUUUGAACUGUUCUUCCCUGAUAUGCUCUAUCAGAUCGAAUCCGAGCCUAAAAAAGCAGUGCAAAUCGACGCGAAGCAAGCUUAUCUACGUCGUCAUGACCCGAUGCAACGAAAAGGAAAAAUGAUGAAACCGCACCAGCGUCGAUGGUGUGAAGCUUGCCGACGUGGUAUAUGCUACAUCUAA